GGGGCGCUGCCAUGGCGAGCGCCGACCCCCUGGAGACGCUGCAGGUGGAAGCCAGCUGCUCCGUGUGCCUGGAGUACCUCCAGGAUCCCGUCCUCAUCGACUGCGGGCACAAUUUCUGCCGCCGUUGCAUCACGCGGUGGUGGGCCGAGCUGGCGCGCGACUUCCCUUGCCCCGUCUGCCGAAAAACCACCCGCCACCGCGCCCUCCGCCCCAACCGCCAACUGGGGAACAUGGUCGAAGCCGCCCGGCAGCUUCGCGGGGCCAAACGGAAAGCCAGGGAGGAGAACCGCUGCCAAGCGCACGGCCAAGCUUUGGCUCGCUUCUGUCGCGACGACCAAGCCCCCGUUUGCCUCCUCUGCGAGAUCUCCCACGCCCAUCGCGCCCACGCCUUCGUCCCCCUCGACGACGCGGCCCUCGAGUACAAGGAGAAGCUGCAGCGCUGCCUGGAGCCCCUGGAGCGGAAGCUGGAGGCAGUCGCCGGCUGCCGAGCGCGGGAGGAGAAAAAACCGAGCGAGCUAAAGAGGAAGGUGGCUUUGCGACGGGAACACAUCGCCCGGGAGUUCGAGGAGCUUCACCAGCUGCUGGAGGAAGAGGAGCGGCUGCUGCUGCGGCGGUUGGAGGAGGAAGAGCGGGAGAUCCUGCAGCGGCUUCAGGCCAACCUGGCUCGGCUCGGGGAGCAGCGCCAGGUCCUGGCCGCCCUCGUGGAUGAGUUGGAGGAGAAAUGCCUGCAGCCGAGCGCCGAGAUGCUCAAGAACAUCAAGGACACGCUGGCCAGGUGCGAGGCGGCGGCGGCACCGGUGGAAGAACCAGUUUCCAUCCCCAUCGAGCUGGAGAAAAACUUCGGCAGUUUCCCCCGACAAUAUUUCACCCUCCGGAAAAUCACCCGGCGCCUCAUCGGCGAGGUGACGCUCGAUCCCGACACGGCGCAUCCCAACCUGGUUUUAUCGGAAGAUCGGAAAAGCGUCCGGUUCGUGGAAGUUCGACCCCGGGAUUUACCGGAUACGCCGCGGCGUUUCACCAUUUACCCUUGCGUUUUGGCGGCGCAGGGCUUUACCUCCGGUCGGCAUUACUGGGAGGUGGAGGUCGGCGACAAAACCCACUGGGCUCUCGGCGUUUGUAAGGAUUCGGUGAGUCGGAAAGGGGAAUUGACGCCGUUACCGGAGACGGGAUAUUGGCGGGUGCGGCUCUGGAACGGCGACAAAUACGCGGCCACCACCACCCCCUUCACCCCGCUGACGGUGCGGGUGAAACCCAAGCGGGUGGGCGUCUUUGUGGACUACGAAGCCGGGAAAGUGGCUUUUUACAACGUCACCGACCGCUCCCACAUUUACACUUUCACCGACACUUUCACCGAAAAGAUUUGGCCGUUGUUUUAUCCUGGGAUCCGUGCCGGCAGGAAGAACGCGGCGCCUCUCGUUAUCCGCUCGCCGACGGAUUGGGAGUGAGGGGGAGAGCGGGGCCGGCGGGGUUUGGGUUGAUGGGAGCUGGCGCCGGCACUGCCGGGCUUUGGCUCUCCCGACAUCUGGCACUGCUGGGAUCCGGCGCUCUGGCAUAAAUGGGAUUUACCUCUCUGUCCUCACCACGGUUUGGCUCUGGCACCAGCGGCGUAGAUGGGAUUUGGCUUUUUUGACAUCCAGCGUUCCGGCACCGCCGGGAUUUGGCUCUUCGACAUCCGGCACCACCGGGGCCCCAUUCUCUGCUAUCCAGUAUAACCACGGCCUGGCUCUCCGGCACCGCCGGGAUUUGGCUUUCCAAUACCCGGCACCGCCGGGAUUUGCCUCUCUGGCACCACCAGCCUCUUGCUUUUUGCCAUCCGGCUCGGCGGCACCGGGGUAGGCGCAGGCGUGUCCCCCCCCCCUCGUGUCCCUCUGUCCGUGUCGCUGGGUCUGUCCCUCUGUGUGACUCCGCCGCUCUCCUCACGUCCCUGUGUCCCUCCGUGUCCCUCCGUCCCUCCAUGUGGCCCCGUGUCUCCACGAUUGUCCCUCCGCGUCUCCCCACCUCCAUCUGUGUCCCCAUGGCUGUUCCUCCAUGUCCCUUGAUGUCCUUUUGUGUGUCCCCAGGUCCCUCCCUGUCCCCAGGUCCAUCUGUGUCCCCACAUCAUCCAUGACCCUCAACGUAUCGCCUGUGUCCAUCCAUGUCCCUUUGUGUCCCCAUGUCCGUCCGUAUCCUUCCCUGUCCCCAUGUCCUCACGUCAUCCAUGUCCCCGUGUCCGUGUGUCCCCAUGUCCAUCCAUGUCCCUGUGUGUCUCUAUAUCUGUCCAUGUCCCUCCCUGUCCCCGUGUCCUUCUGUGUGUCCCCACGUCAUCCACAUCCCUCCCUGUCCAUCUGUGUCCCCAUGUCAUCCGUGUCAUCCGUGUCCCUCUGUGUGUCCCCACAUCCAUCCAUGUCCAUCCGUGUCCCCAUGUCCAUCCAUGUCCGUGUCAGUCUGUGUGUCCCCAUGUCCAUCCGUGUCCCCACGUCAUUCAUGUCCCCAUGUUCAUCCAAGUCCCUCCCUGUCCAUCCAUGUCCUUGUCCGUCUGUGUGUCCCCAAGUCCAUCCAUGUCCCCACAUCCAUCCGUGUCCCUGUCACCCUGUGUGUCCCCACGUCCAUCCAUGUCCCCCUGUGUCCCUCCCUGUCCCCAUGUCCCUCUGUGUCCCCACUUCAUCCACGUCCCUCCCUGUCCACAUCCCCAUGUCCAUGUCCUUGUCCAUCCAUGUGUCCCCACGUCAUCCAUGUCCCUCUGUGUCCCCACGUCAUCCACGUCCCUCCCUGUCCAUCCAUGUCCUUGUCCAUCCAUGUGUCCCCACGUCAUCCAUGUCCCCCUGUGUCCCUCCCUGUCCCCAUGUCCCUCUGUGUCCCCACUUCAUCCACGUCCCUCCCUGUCCAUGUCCCCAUGUCCAUCCAUGUGUCCCCACGUCCACCCAUGUCCCCACAUCCAUCCCUGUCCCCAUGUUCAUCCCUGUCCCCGUGUCCUUCUGUGUGUCCCCACGUCAUCCACAUCCCUCCCUGUCCAUCCGUGUCCCCAUGUCCCUCUGUGUCCCCACGCCCAUCCACGUUCCUCCCUGUCCCCACAUCCCUCUGUGUGUGUCCCCCCCCCCCCGUCCCCGUGUCCCUCCUCCUCCCUCCUGUGGGUCCCCACCCCCAGCCAUGCCCCUCCCUGUCCCCGCAUCCUCCACGUCCCCACAUCCACGCGUCUCCCUCCCCGCCCACACCCGGGCCGUCCUCCCCGCCUCCCCCCACGCCUCGCACACGCCUCCCACAUGCCAUGGCGCCCUCGGGGCCACCGGAACGGGGCCCGCUGGCCCGUCUGGCGCGGGAAACUUCGUGCCCGGCUUGCGGGCAGCCUCUGCGGGACCCCGUCCUCUUCGCCUGUAACCACAGCUGCUGCCGCCGCUGCUUGCCCGCCGGCGAGCCCGGCCUCGCCUUCACUUGCCCCCGGUGCCGCUUGCCCUGCGCCCCUCGCCGCCUCCGUACCCCCGUGGCUCUGGCCGUGGAGAGUCGCAUCGCUCAGCGGUUGGUUGGGGGAACCCCCGGCCCCCCCCGACGGCCACAACGCUGCAGCCUGGGGGCCCAACUCCGAGCCGACGCUGCCCCCCGCCACCCUCCCUCCCCAGAAAAGCCAUCCGGGGUCGGGGAAGUCCCCCAAAAGCUGCCCCCCCCCACCUCCUCCUAGCUGACACCCCCGCAAUAAACGUCAUCUUUCUCCCCCCUCCA